AUCAAACACAAGUGCAAGCCGUGUUGCUGUAAAGAAUUUCUCUCUAUGCGCAAAGGCAUUGAAUUCGAUCCGAAGAAGUACGCCGAAUUCCAAAGCAAGUCCGGUUGGUGCUAAGGACGCCAAACCACAAGAACCGAAAAAGGAUUAGGAAUGAGAGAAACCGGACAGCCAAAAAGCGAAGCCGAACCAGUCGAAGAAAUGGAUGCAGUGAAUGCUUUGAUUGGAAGAGCCCCAAAUCAAAGGCAUCCGUUCGAUUUACUGCCAAAGGGUACAUUCAACAUGAUCGACUUCAAGCGUUGCUACUCAAACGAAGAGGAAACCGUUUCAGUUCCAUACUUCGUUGAGAGAAAUUCGAUUCCGGAAAACUAUUCAAUUUGGUUCGGUGAAUACAAAUACAGCAGCGAAUGACAAGUGUUCAUGAGCUGCUAACUUAUCGCUGGCCAUGUAUCAACGAUUGGAUUUAAAAUGAGAAAACAAGCAUUCGCCUCAAUGUGUCUGUUCGGCGAGGAUAACAACAGCCCCAUAUCGGGUGUGGGGUUAUGGCAGUGGACAGGGAACUUGCAUUUUUUCCAAUUGUCGCCAGACUGGCAAAUUGAUUACGAAGUGUACGACUGAAGAAACUCGACCCAACCGCAAAAUGGGAAAUAAGG